AGCUGGCGGCAAUCAGCUGGUGAUAUCCAACAACUUGAUAUUAACACAAGAACGCCAAACUUGGCAAUCAUUCGAGGAGGGAACCCCUAUUAUCAAUACUAUAUGCGUUUGAAUUUUGUGGAUUAAAACCAAGAAUACACCUCGAGCCGGCCUCGGCCUGUACCACCAUGUUCAACGCCCUCAACCGCUUCAUAUCCCGUCUCGAUGGGGAUGUGCCCCAGAAGGAUAACAACGCCCAUGGCGGGUUUGGCUUCCAGGUCCUGCGAAACAACAACCUGGAGCUGAAGAUUGAGCCGUGGUUUGACUUUGUCGUCGGCAUCAAUGGCCGCAUGCUCGACAACCCGGACCCACGCUUGUUUGCCCAGGAAGUUCGCAACUGCGCCGGCGGCACAGUGACCCUGGGUUUGUGGAGUGCCAAGGGCCAACGAACCCGCGCCCUUCAGAUCCCCGUCCCCGUCGAUGCCCCGUCCCUGGGCCUGACGCUGCAGUGGACCCCUCUCUCUGCCGUCUCCAACAUCUGGCACGUCCUCGAUGUUCCCGCCAACUCCCCUGCCGACCAGGCCGGCCUGCUCCCCUACAGCGACUACAUCCUCGGCUCGCCCGACGGCGUGCUACACGGCGAGGGUGGGCUCGGCGAGCUGGUCGAGGACCACAUCGGCCGCCCCCUGCGCGUCUGGGUCUACAACAACGAGUACGACGUCACGCGCGAGCUGUCCAUCCAGCCCAGCCGCGACUGGGGUGGCCAGGGCGCCCUGGGCUGCGUCCUCGGCUACGGCGCCCUGCACCGCCUCCCCGCCCCGCUUAGCGAGCCCGUCAACGCACCCGGCGAGACCAUGUUUGACGGCGGCAGCGGCGCCGAGCAGUACGACGCUCCGCUCGUCUCGGACGGGGCCAACAUAUUCGUUCCUGGUGGCGAUGCGUCAAUGCCGCUACAGCAGCAGUCGCCUUACGAGGGUGGUGGGGAAUUCCUGGUCCCGGCGCAGUUGGCUGCCCCUGCGGCGACGACAAGCGCUCCGCCGAGGGGGAAGAAGAAGGACAGGCAUCACGGUGCGGGGGCAGGCAAGGGCAUGAUGGAUGACUACUUCAAGGAGCAGGAGGCAAAGAGCAAGGCGCUGGACAAUGCGCCGAGCGGGCGGGUCACACCCGUUGCGCCGCCGCCGCGCGCUGGCGGUAGUGGACCUCCCAAGGUUGGCGAGGCUGCGCCGCCUCCGCCGGCGGCCAAUGCUGAUGCGGCUGAAGGGGAGGAUGCUGGUUGACCGGCAUUGUAGAGCGUUGUAGAGCAUAGACUUGUUAUGAUUUCUCUUUUUAUGUUCUAGUAUCAAGCUGGCGUAGACCUGAUAGACCCUGAGCCAGUGUGGCACCUUUUUCCUUUUGGUUCAUUCCCGAUAGUUUCUGUCCUCUUUUGUGUAUGUGUUCAUCCGCCUAAUCGUCAUGUUCUUGUACUGUUACAAGUAUCCGCGGUAGCAGACGAACCAUAAUUGGGCCUCGUCCGAUAUGCAACGGCCUUUCCGCCCCUAAUGAUCUCGCACCAUCAUCCCCCCCGAAAACCCCAC